UAAGACGUUUUGGAUUCAAAGAGAAACAUCUUUCUUUUAACUUUUUUUGCGUCCUUAAGAAAAUUUCCAUAAUCAUUCUCAGAAUCUCCCAAAUCAUAGGGUUCUCAAUUCUCCAAUCCGGCAUUGUUUGGGUUGAACCAAGAGCGGGUGGGGCAAGCAACCGGAAAGAUGAUAGGCAAGUGUUUGGGAGCUCAAAGGUGUAGAAAGAUCCACAGAACUCUUCGUCGCUGCAAGGUAACGGUCUUUUGCUUCGUCCUCACCGUAGUCGUUCUACGUGGCACUAUUGGUGCCGGGAAAUUCGGGACUCCGGAGCAGGACUUCGUCGAGAUUCGCGACCAUUUCUAUUUCCGGAGACGCGCUGGGACGCACCGCGUACUCGAAGAAGUUCAAACGACCUCGUCCGAUAACGAGGUCGCCAGCGACACCAACGCCGAAACCAAUAAUUACAAUGAUUUCGAGUUAAAUAAGGUAUUAGUUGACGAGGAAUCCGAUGACUCGAAACUCGAUCCCGACAAGCCAUAUUCUCUUGGGCCGAAAAUCUCCGAUUGGGACAAGCAGCGAUCUGAAUGGCUGAAAGAAAAUCCUGAUUAUCCAAAUUUCAUCGGUCCAAACAAACCGAGGGUUCUUUUAGUCACUGGUUCAUCUCCCAAGCCGUGUGAGAACCCGGUUGGUGAUCAUUACUUGUUAAAAUCAACGAAGAACAAGAUAGAUUACUGUAGGUUACACGGGAUAGAAAUAUUUUACAAUAUGGCGCUGUUAGAUGCAGAAAUGGCAGGGUUUUGGGCCAAAUUACCGUUGAUUCGAACGGUUUUGCUUUCGCAUCCGGAUGUGGAAUUCCUGUGGUGGAUGGACAGUGACGCGAUGUUUACCGACAUGGCUUUUGAGAUUCCUUGGGAAAGGUAUAAAGACUCGAACUUGGUUAUGCAUGGCUGGAAUGAGAGGGUUUAUGAUCAAAAGAAUUGGAUUGGGUUAAAUACUGGGAGUUUUUUGUUGAGGAAUGGGCAAUGGGCACUUGAUCUUCUUGACGCUUGGGCUCCAAUGGGUCCUAAAGGGAAGAUUAGGGAUGAAGCAGGGAAGGUAUUGACCAGGGAACUUAAGAACCGUCCUGUUUUCGAAGCUGAUGAUCAGUCUGCAAUGGUUUAUUUGUUGGCCACUCAAAGGGAGCAGUGGGGUGAUAAGGUUUACCUUGAGCAUGCUUAUUAUUUGCAUGGUUAUUGGGGGCUUUUGGUUGAUAGGUACGAGGUAAUGAUUGAAACUUAUCACCCAGGUUUAGGUGAUCAUCGUUGGCCAUUGGUGACUCACUUUGUGGGGUGUAAGCCUUGUGGGAAGUUGGGGAAUUACCCUGUUGAGAGGUGCUUGAAGCAGAUGGAUAGAGCAUUCAACUUUGGGGAUAAUCAGAUUCUUCAGAUUUAUGGGUUUACUCAGAAAUCUUUGGCUAGUAGAAGGGUGAAGAAAGUUCGAAACGGGAGCAGGAAUCCCAUUGAGGUGAAAGAUGUACUUAGAUCGCUUCAUCCAGCUUUUAAAGCGGUUAAGGUAUCCUCUUCUUAGGUUGUAUAUGUGAUCUUAUGAUGUUCAAAUGUUGUGUAUGCAGUGGGAACUUUAUGUUUUAGGUUAGGAGAAAUAGUAUACUUUUGUUUCUUAUCCAUGUUGGGUACUAAAAGUUGUAAAUGCUUUCCAGAGGAAAAUUGCUAUAUUGUAAUUCAAUCAGAGACCGAUGCAUGUAUAUAUCUUGCUCUGCAUCAUGAAGCAGUGACAUUUAUUGUUGUAAGUAGCUGAUACAA